CACGCCUGCGUGCUCACGCAAACGUCAAUAAGACGCGACGGUAGUUACGCUCGGCGUUGAGGUUGUCGCGCUUUGCUCUUUCAUCAUGGCUCCAUCACCGACCAAGCGCAGCGAGCGUUCAGAAGACAAACCCAAAGAACGAGGGAAGGAGAAGGCUGCUGGGAAAGAGGGAGCGGAGAAGGAGCGAGGCCGAGACAAGAUCCGCAAGCGCCGCAGCAACUCCACCGGCAGCAGCAGCAGCAGGUCCAGUUCCAGCUCCAGCAGCAGCUCUGGAUCCAGCUCGGGCUCGUCCAGCGGGUCCAGCUCUUCUGGUACCAGUCGCUCUGGUUCGUCCAGUUCCUCCCGUUCGUCUAGUUCAUCCGGGUCCUCCGGGUCUCCCAGUCUGAGCCGCCGUCGCCACGACAACCGGCGCCGCUCACGAUCAAAGUCCAAAUCACAAAAACGGGCUGAUGAUAAAGAGAGGAAGAGGAGGAGCCCGAGCCCCAAACCCACCAAACUUCAUCUGGGAAGACUCACCAGGAACGUAACCAAGGAACAUAUUCAAGAGAUCUUUUCGACUUACGGCAAGAUCAAGAUGAUUGACAUGCCUCCGGACCGUUUGCACCCGAAUCUGUCAAAGGGUUACGCUUAUGUGGAAUAUGAGUCUCCAGAGGACGCCCAGAAAGCCCUGAAACACAUGGAUGGAGGUCAGAUCGACGGUCAGGAAAUCACAGCCACGGCUGUCCUGGCCCAGAGGAUACGACCUGUCCCGAGAAGACCGUCACCUCCGCGCCGAAUGCCGCCUCCGCCUCCCAUGUGGCGCCGCACACCGCCUCGCAUGAGGAGAAGAGCUGACAGUCGUCCUUUUCCCAGGUCUCGGUCUCCACGGCGCCGCUCACCGGUGAGAAGACGUUCCCGCUCCAGGUCUCCGGGUCGCAGGAGACAUCGUUCCCGCUCCAGUUCCAACUCGUCCCGUUAGCAAGAUGCUCCAUUCUCACGAAUGGCUUGUCUUUUUGGCCCGCUCAUAUUUUAGUUGAAAAUGACAGAUAAAUAGUCCAGAUGUUUUUCCUUUUCUCUAGUACCUCAGGAUUGUAUGUGAAGGCCCUUUUUUUUUUCUUUUUGUAAUGUGCUUUUGUUUUGAGAAAUACAGCUUUUUACUGGUUUAUGUUUGUGGGAUUUAAGAGCAGACCUUUUAUAUCCAAAUGUUAACAUUUGUUCACUGAGUUGCUUUUGUUAUUACAUUAGCGGUUCCACAAAAUUCAUCUCUCGAGAACACCUUCUAAUCCUGUAAAAUCUGAUGAUCUGUAAUAGUUGAAAAUGGAAAAUCAAUAAACCAGUUUAACAAC